CACCACCCUGCUCUUUAGCCUCGCAUAGCGAUCUCUCGCCGUCAUGUCUGCUUCAGGUAGCUCGAAAGUAAUCCCGCUCGACUCGCAGGUUGGCGGUCAUCCAGGCGUGCUCACGAGCGAGGACGGAUCGCUCCUCAUCAAGCCCGCGCACCCUACCGAGGUCGCGUUUUACCAAACUGUCAUCGCCGAUCCCGGGUUUGCGCCACUGCGCCCGUUUGUCCCGAAAUUCUACGGCACGCUCCGCCUCGAAGGAAAGGUUGAUGACACUGCGCCAGCGCCAGAAGAGGGCAGUCAGUUCAAGGUCGUCGAGGUGGCGACGGAGGCUGAGAAAGAGUCCCUAGUGCUGGAGAACCUCUCGCACUCGUUCGCGAAGCCUAAUAUCCUCGACGUCAAGCUCGGAACGGUCCUGUACGACGACGAAGCUAGCCCUGAGAAGCGUGCGCGUAUGGAGAAGACUGCGCGCGAGACGACGUCGCUCGAGACAGGCGUGCGCCUGACAGGUUUCCAGGUAUACGAUAUCACCACCGGAAAGGCGGUCAACACACCCAAGGCGUACGGCAAAUCCAUCAAACCCGCCGACCUCCCGGACGGCAUCGCGCGAUUCUUCCCUUUUGGGGUCACGUACGACGAACUCGCAAACCCAAGUUCUGGAGGUGCAAGUAGUGAGGCGCCUGCGACGGGGACCGGUCUCCCUCCAGACGUUCUCUUGCCCAUACUCGAGUCGAUGAGGGAGGACGUCGCUGAGAUCCGAGAGGCGCUCGCCCAGGUGCACAUGCGCAUGGUAGGCGGGAGUCUGCUUAUCAUCUACGAGGCAGACUGGGGGCGCGCACGUGAGGGACUGAAGUGGCUCGAGGAGGCGGCUGAAGACGAAGACGAAGAAGACGAGGAGGACGAGGAUGAAGAUGAAGAUGAAAAGCGCGUGGGCCCACCAUACCUUGUCAAGCUCAUCGACUUUGCGCACACGAAGGUCGUGCCCGGGAUCGGGCCUGACGAGGGGGUGCUGAAGGGCGUGGACACGAUCCUGACCCUCCUGGACGGGCGUAUCCAACAGACUAAGGCGGUGAUCGCGUCGACAGAGGCCGCCCCAGCUUCAUGAGGCGAGACUCCCGUGUACAAGAGCAAGAGAUAUCCAUGUACGACCAG